AUGUCACAUGACAAACCGAAAACCACCGACAUCAAAGUCGAAGUGGCACUCACUCGUGAUGUCGAAAUCAUCGAGAUGAGAAACAUGAGCAAUGCCUCACACAAAGAUGCAAACACAACAACAUGGGCCAUCUCAGCGCCGAAGCAGGAAGACGACAAAGAGCAGAAUGAUUGGCUUGAUGGAUUCAGAAGAGCUGAUAGGAGGAAGAUGAAGGGUUGGGAUAAGCAGUAUCAUGCUGAGCAGAAGCCUCAUGUUCCGGGGGAUCGAUACUUCGAUAUUCGUGCGGCCAAUGCAAAGACUGCUACGUCGGCGCUGGCGAGGGAAUUGAAGGGGAGGCAUUUGCAGAUGAUUGCUUUCGGCGGUGCUAUUGGUACCGGUUUGUUCAUCACUUCUGGCAGUGCUCUUCACCAAGGCGGUCCUGGAAGUGUUCUUCUCUCAUACAUCGUCAUCGGCGCACUUCAAUAUUGCACCAUGCAAUCGCUCGCCGAGCUUUGUGUCAUCUUCCCCAUCGCCGGUUCAUUCUCUGCCUUCUCAACUCGCUUUCUGGAUCCUUCCUGGGGGUUUUCUAUGGGAUGGAACUACUGUCUUCAAUGGCUCUUCACUCUUCCUCUUGAGAUCAUCGCUGGCGCAUUCACAAUCACUUACUGGAACGAAGACAUAUCCAAAUCCGUCUUUGUCGCAAUUUUCCUAGCAGCUAUUUUCGUCAUCAAUCUUUUCGGCGUUAAAGCCUACGGUGAAGCCGAAUUUGUCUUUUCUAUCAUCAAAGUCACUGCGAUCGUAGCUUUCAUCCUCCUUGGAAUUGUCAUCAACAUAGGAGGCGAACCUACCUCGGGCUACAUCGGAGGCCGCUAUUGGAUCGACCCCGGCUUAUUUAACAACGGCUUCAAAGGCUUCUGUUCUGUACUCGUGACAUCGUGUUUCUCCUUUACUGGCACAGAACUCAUCGGCCUGGCAGCAGCAGAAACAGCCAAUCCUCGCAAAUCCCUCCCCAGCGCCAUCAAGCAGGUCUUCUGGCGCAUCACCCUCUUUUACAUUGUAGCCCUGAUGCUCGUCAGCCUUCUUGUUCCUCACGACGAUCCGAGAAUCUUGGACGCUAGCUCUUCCAACUCUGCGGCCUCACCUUUUGUCGUCGCUAUCGAAACUGCCGGAACUACUGUCCUGCCCAGUGUUAUGAACGCUGUCAUUCUUAUUGCUGUCAUCAGCGUUGGCAACUCGUCGGUCUUUGGUUCUUCUCGAACCCUUGCCGCUCUUGCUGAUCAAUCCAUGGCACCGGCUAUUUUCUCCUACGUUGAUAAGCAGGGUCGACCUUUGGCUGCCAUCAUCUUUUCUUGCUGUAUUGGACUUUUGGCUUUUAUAGCUGAUCUGAAGGCUCAUGAUGUCGUCUUCAACUGGUUGUUAUCCAUCAGCUCUCUUGCGACUCUCUUUACCUGGGGCAGCAUCUGUCUUACUCACAUCCGCUUCCGCAACGCAUGGGCACAUGCGGCACAUACCCUCGAGCAACUGCCAUUCCGCUCACGACCCGGCACAUACGGCUCUUGGUUCGCUCUGGCUGGAUACGUCCUUGUCUUGUUGAGCCAAGUUUGGAUAGCCAUCGAUCCUGUUGAGCACAAGAAGCACGAGACCACAAACGACAUUGUGCAGAACAUUUUUCUUAAUCUCAUGGCUGUUCCCAUUGUCGUGAUCAUGUACCUCGGACACAAGCUUUGGUACAGAACGAACUUUGUGGCUUUGGAUGAUAUUGAUAUCCAGACUGGACGACGUUAUUAUCGAGUUCAUUUGAUGAGUGAUCAGGAGAGGGAGGCACGUGUUACGUGGCCUUUGUGGAAGAGGGCUUACCGAUAUUUCUGUUAA